CCAAAAUCAAGCCGAUUUCACUCCAGAAGACGCUAAGAGAAAGAAACAUGUUUUUCAAUCUGAUACUUGCGGCAUUUGUGGUUAGCUGCCGGGGCCAGUCCGAAUUGACAACACCAGCAUCCGUGGAACCCGAUCCUCAGCCACCUAGACUCUGCUCUGCGGCUGGCCAGAUCUGCUCAACCUGCGACACCGUGUCUGUUUGCAUCGCCAACGUCGAUGGCAGCAUCACAACGAUCAACCAGACCUGCCACUCGGACGAGAAGUGUCUUGAAGGACAAUGUGUCCAAGGAGCCAUCUGCAACUACAGGCCCUUCGAGUGUUCGGAAGAAGGGUUCUUCCCUGACCCUUAUGACUGCAAGAAAUACCAUGUAUGCCUUCCGUUAGGAGAAGACGGAACAGAAGAUAUGACUUUUCAGUGCCCAGAAGGAACAUCAUAUGAUGCUUUAUCUGCUAGUUGCGGUUUUCCUCUAAAUACCGAAGCUUGCAUUAAUAGACCAGUACCAGAUUGUACAGAAAGACUGCAGGUCGGAGCAGUAACAAGCAAUCCUAACCUCUAUUACACUUGUGUGGAAAAAGACGGCACAUUAGCUCCCGAGUUACGUAAGUGCCAAGGCGGUAAUCAAUUCAAGGCUGAUAAACUCUCUUGUCAAGAAGAAACAUCGGGAAAAAAGAAAGAUAAGAAAGAAAAAAAGGAAAAGAAGUCUAAGAAACCAAAAGAAUAAUAUACUAAGGCAAAAUCAUAAUUUGUAAUAAAUGAAUAAAAUAAACAAUCAACUUU